AUGUCCGACCCGGACCGAUAUUUCACUUUGGAGAUGGGCAACGAUAAAGACUAUAUUGCCAUGCGCACUAGCCAUGCGUUAAACCUCACUGGUCCCUCCAUGUGUAUCGGUACAGCAUGCUCAUCAGCUCUCGUCGCCAUCUGCCAAGCUGUGGAAGCUCUGCGUGAUGGGACAUGUGACAUGGCCCUUUGCGGUGGCGUCUCGUUGGUUCUGCCGCAGAAUGAGCACGCGAGCCAGGAAGGCAUGAUAUGGAGCUCGGACGGCAAGUGCAAGCCCUUCACCGACCAGGCCAGUGGGACUGCGAACAGCAACGGUGGUCACUGCUUUCUCUUGAAACGUUAUGACGAUGCUUUGAGAGACAGCGAUCCAGUCUACUGUCUUAUCUCGGGAGUAGGGGUUUGCAACGAUGGGGCUGGUGAGCCGUUCUCAGCCCCCAGCGUCGACGGCCACGAGAGAGCUAUUCGAGCGGCUCAGAAUGACUGCAGCAGUGCCAUCAGUGGAGAAGUGGGAAUGAUAGAGGCUCAUGCCACUGGGACGUAUGUUGGGGAUCCUAUAGAGGCUGAAGCUCUUAGUGGUCAAUACUGGAGGAACAAAGGUGAGGGAAAAAUUUCCGUGGGAAGCGUGAAGGGCAAUAUCGGACACGCGAAUACAGCAGCUGGCGCCAUGGGAUUCGCUAAAGCCGCUAUGUGCGUAUACGAGGCUGUGUUAGUCCCUUCUGGCUCAUCCUCGGAAGGGAAUGUGAAUCCUCUAUUGUCGCAUCGUCUCGAAGCAUCGAACAUGGAACUCCAACGUGUCUUCGAGCCGUGGUAUGGAUCACGUCGAGUUGCGGCUAUCAGCGCCCUGGGUAUUGGUGGCACUAACGCUCAUGUUAUCAUAGAGAGCGGGCCGCACGCUGUCAAGUCACCGAUGGCCGUGUCUGAGAAGGCUCCCAUAUGUAUCCCCUUUUCUUCGUACAGCCAAGACGGCCUGCGAAAGGGAGUGGAGGGCCUCAUCAAGUUCCUCCAGGUCUCCCCCGAUUCUGCCGAUCUUGCGUCGGUCGCGUACACGCUCGGCAUCUUUCGACCAUCUCUUCCGUAUCGGACUGUCGUCGAGUUCACCAGCUCCCUCCCUGACGCUGCUAUUGCUCAGUUGGCAGACAUUGACUUCGAGGAUGUCAACGAAUGUUCUGGUGCUUGUGAAUGCGUUACGCUUGUUUGUCCCGGACAAGGUCUGGCUCUGCCUCAGCCUGGAAUGGUAUUCAUCGAACCCGAGAUAGUUGCUCUUCUGGGCGAGGACCCUGUCCUCACCUAUCAUCGUCAGCCGACCCCCGUCACAGCACAGGUCGCCUUGUUCGCCAUCUCCUAUUCUACGACUUUGCGCCUUCUACGUAUCAUACCCGAAACCACUCGAAUCCAGCUGCUCGGUGCUUCGCUGGGUGAAUGGGUGGCCGCGACUGUUUGCGGGGUGAUGCCUUUAAAACAAGCUUUGCAGAUUGUGCGCCUCCGUGCAAGACUCAUCACUGAAGGCAACACAGGCAAAAUGUUAGCUAUAAAUGGUUCGACCCUAGAGGAUCUAUCACAGCUGCCGGGAGGCGUCGAAGUGGCCUGCGCGAAUGCUGACAAGCGCAUCGUUGUGAGCGGCCCACCUGAGUCUAUUGAGAGCUUCAAGGCCACACUUGAAGUGCCUUGCAAAGUGCUGGAUACUGCAGGGGCGUUCCACUCGACAUACGUUGACCGAGCAGUGGCCGUAUUGGAGAAGGAGAUUCCAGUUGUCGUUCCGGACCUUAGGAAACCUUGCAAGUACAACCUCAUCAGCACCGCCACGCAUGUCGAUGGCGAGUGCGAUUUCGCUUCUGCUCGGUAUUGGUGCCGCCAGACGAGACGAACGGUGAUGCUUGGACGCGCCCUGAAGGAGGCCGGCGAAGGUGGAACGAUGUUCAUCGAUGUGGGGCCUGGUGCGGGCAUGAGAACUCUUAUUCGCGAAUGUGUCCCUAGCGCCGAAGUCUUAUGCGCGGUGCGCUACUACGACAAGACUGAUGACGUCCUGCGCGGUGCAAUGUGGGCCAAGGGAAUCCUAUCCAAGCCACCGGUGCCCGAGAAAGAGGGGUUGUCGAGAGUUCUCUCAUUGCCGAUGAGAGGGUGGAGACGAACAAAGUGCUGGCCGGCAGAUCGAGACACCAGCAGAGACUCUCACCCAGCAUCGUCUGCCUCUGACGUGACCAGUAUGAUGUACAUUGAGGACUGGAAAGACCUUCCGGUAACUCCUCCUUCUCUUGAUAAUGGACCUUCGAGGGAGCUCGCUGGUAUCCGCCUCUUAGGACGGGUUCCGAGCUGCGGGGAUGUCAUGUGGUGCCGAGAUGUAUCUGAGUUCGACGUCGUGGUGAAGUCGCUCGGUCGAGCCAUCGUAGUGGUAGACGCCGAAGACGAUAGUGAUCCUAUAAGUCUCCUCGGCGAUGUUAUCAAGUUUGUACAGGAGAGUUUGAUACCGAACGGCCGUCUGCUCUCCCACAUGGACACGUUCUUGGUGAUACGUGACUGCCAGUGUGCAAGCUCAGUCGUGGGUUUCGCAAGGUCGCUCAUGUCCGAACAUGGUUCCAACCUAGGCUUGAGGAUUGUCCGAGUUCUCGAUAUGAAGAACUUGCCCUCGUUCAUCGAGUUGCCCAGUUUAGGGGAGUACAAAGUGGCAGAUGGUACUGUUAAGCUUCGGCAACUCUGCCGUAGUCCGCCAGCGACGCCAAGGGCUGACCUCAGCCAGCAGCUCGGUGAUGGUGUCAUUGUGAUUACGGGCGGCUUUGGUGGUCUUGGGCAACUCGUUGCAAAGUGGGCGGUUGACAACCUCAGCUGCAACAAGAUCGUUCUCCUCGGCCGAGCGGCCUCCUCGUCGCUGAGUUCGCUCAGUCUGCAGUGCCCGGUCGACGUACGGAUCGCUGACGUCAGUAACAGUGCUUCUCUUAUCGACGCCAUAUCUGAGUAUCGUGGAAUGGUGACCGUCGUUUUCCACUGUGCUGGUGUGGUGGAAGACGCUGUUGUUGAAAAUGCUCCCUCUGACUAUCAAGAACUUUACCGAGCUGUUGCCGCGAAAGUCCUCGGCCCAGUGAAUCUCGUGAAAGCGCUAGGAUCGGGUCCUCGGUACGUGUUGUUCUCCUCGAGUUCAAGCGCAUUCGGCAAUCCUGGGCAGUCUGUUUACGCAGCCGCCAACUCCGCCUCCGACUACUUCGCGGAGAAGUCUUCAGCUGACGUAUUGUCUAUUCAAUGGGGUGGCUGGUCUAAGUCGAUCGCGAGCAGUAUGUCUGCCAAAUACAACAUUAAUCCGACAGCAGGGGAGCACUUCUUACAGCCUCGUGAGGGUCUCCAAGCCAUGGGCAACCUCUUGAGCAGUCUCGCCGAUGGUCAUCUGAAGUCGAGGAGUCCCUUGACUAUCGCGCUGGUCUCGACCGAGGCCCCAGCCGGACGGUUCUCGCGCGGUCAUCACAUUAUGGGCACAUGUAACCUGAAGGACGAAAGAAAAGUUCGAAUGUUGGAGGGGCUUGGUGUGUCUGAGAUCUUCGAUAGCCGUGACGCAUCUUCAUGGUAUGUUCCGAUGAUGGCUGGUAAGACCAUGCGGCCAUAUGUCAUCAUAGGUGCUCUUGAUGGCGAUCAGCUGUCGAGGUCCUUCGAGGUUGUUGCUUCUAACGGUUUCAUACUUGACCUCGCAAAAAAAGAGCAGAUGCUCGAGACUAGCAGUCUUCCAUUGAGCCAUUUCCUCAGAGGUGUGACAUAUAGUGCAUGCCAUCUGGAUGAGUUCAUGCGGACAGCCAAACCAGCGGAGGUGGCCGAUCUGAUGAAGCGGGUGUGGCAGGAAGCCGCCGCCCAGGAUGUCGAGGGCUCCAUGCCGGUAACGAUCUACCCUGGUCAAGAACUGAAGAACGCGCUUGAGGUACUGACCAGUGGGAGGAACAUCGGGAAGGUGGUCGUCGAGUUGGAGGCGCCGACACUGAAUGGCAUGGCUCCUGCGCCCAUAGUGGAUGUACGUUGUAACGAAGAUCCUGUUACUGGUGCUGCGCUGGUUGUCACUGCUCUCGACUCGAAGUUCAUCGCUGAGUCUCCUACGGUGACUGUACGUGCUGCUCGAACGGUACCUGUGGAUUUGCUGAAGCCUCUGGUGAAUCUCAAACCAACCAGUGCCAUAUAUGUUGCUCUGUCGAGAGCGCCCGAGUUGCCAGCAUCCCCUAUAUGGCAUAACUGUUGUGAGGUAUCGUCUGCGUCUUCCUCAACGGACUCGAACAAUAGGCUGGCUACUCUGAUCUCAGCUGUCCGGCAGAGGGGGAACGCCUCCGUCCUUGGCUCUAUCUCGGAUGACGAGAUCGCUAACAAGUCGCUUGACGAGCUUGGAUUCGACUCUCUCGCGCGCUUACAACUAUCGGCUACGAUCCGAAAACUCGCGCCGAGCUUGCGGAGUCUAACGGGAAACGAACUCGUCGGCCACUUACCGCUGAACGAAAUUGCUACUGGGAAGCUUACACCGGGUAGACCAUUGAGUAGCCACAGGCCCAAGUGGCUUGCACUACACGGAUUUCGCACAAACAGCGACUUGUUUGCCCAACAACUUGCGGGACUUGGAGAUUUCCUCGGCAUUGAUCUCAUCUUCAUCAAUGCUCCACAUGAAGCCCAUGGUCCAGGCUAUGGACGAUCUACGGGCGCUCUCGACGGCUAUGAGUGGUGGUGGAAGGGUGACAGCGAGGAUGUAUCCUAUGAAACUGGGUGGAUCGGCACCGAAGGUCUGCUUUCGAGUCAAGAGUUCCUGCGAGAGCAAGUUCAACGAGUUCGGCCGUCCGGUGUAGUCGGCUUCUCGCAGGGCGGCGGUAUGGCUUACUGGAUGUUAUGCGAAGGCCUCGUGAAUACAGCUGUGCUAUUCAGUCCAGUGAGCCCGGCGGUGGCUCAGACUAAAAGGCUAAUGGACAGUUCCAAUGUGGUGGUGGUGAGGAGUAGCCGGGCAGAUGAAGCGUCGAUGGUGUUUUGUGACGAUAUCAUUGAUGAGGACUUAAUCCUUAUCCACGAGGAAGGUCAUGCUGUACCGAAGUGCAGUGAGGAGAAGUACAAGAGUCUCUACGACAGUAUGAAGCAGCGUCUAGAGUUGUCCAGUGAUGCAGUACGAGGAGUCUAG